UGAUGUGUAUGGCGCUAUACUGUCCUAUGAUUCUUGCCUGAUUCUUCAUUAUAUGAUAUAACAAAACUGAUUCGCUCCUGAAUGACCAUUCUUAAAUAAAUUUUCCAGUCAUUUUUCCUGGAGAAGGAUAUUUUCUUUUAAGAAGCAAAAUUUGUGUCACUGACAUUUACACAGCAAUCUUCAAGAGUAUGUAGCAAGUAGCAUGUAACGGUGUGUAAGGGUAACGCUGUCAGUGCUUAUCACUUUUCACUGCUGAUAAAGAUACAAACGACGCUUGUGUUUGCCCGCGAACAAAUUGUUCUUUAAUCAUCCUUUGUGCAACGUAUUGCAAUAGACAUGAGACAUCUUUAUUGCAUAUAAAAGGAAUCGUUAUUGCGUAUCAAAGUAUUCGUACGAGACAUGGUAAACUAUUAAUACCGUGCGAAGUGCUUUUAGAGACGUUUCUUUGUCCUGGUGUUCUUUAUGUUCGUGGUUAUCAUAAUCGAGUGACAUAAUAAUAUUAAUAAAUAAACUUCGACAUGUGGAAACCAUUCGAGCCUGGCAGUUCGCCAGUCGACUGGUGCGAACGUAAUUAUAGUAUUUCAUCUAGUAUCGCAGAAUUUAUGAACACGUUGAGUAAUUUGGUGUUUUUGUUACUUCCUCCUAUCCUUAUGCACCUGUUCAGAGAUUAUGGAAGAUUCGUAAAUCCUGGAAUUCAUGUAAUUUGGUUUCUGUUAAUGAUAGUUGGUCUCAGCAGUGCAUACUUUCAUGCUACCUUAUCUCUUAUAGGUCAAUUGUUAGAUGAACUAGCCAUUUUAUGGGUAUACAUGGCAGGUUUCUGUAUGUUUUUUCCAAGAAGAUAUUUCCCAAACAUUUUACACAAUGAUAGGAAACUUCUUUCUAUUUGUGCAAUGCUACCAACUCUUAUUGCAACUGGUUUAUCAUUUAUACAUCCUGCAAUAAACGCAUUUGCAUUGAUGAGUCUUGGCAUACCAGCAUUUGGCUUUAUGAUAGUCGAAUUAAAAAGGACUAAGUCGAUGAGGGUUUAUAGAUUGGGUUUAAGAUGUGGGGCUGUUUGGUUGCUAGCAGUUGCUUGCUGGUUAAACGAUCGAUUAUUUUGUGAUACCUGGUUGAACUUAAACUUUCCUUAUUUACAUGCACUUUGGCAUUUAUUUAUUUUCAUUGCAAGUUACACAGCAGCUGUACUUUUUGCUUAUUUCUCUGUGAAGGAUGAGAAACCACAUCAAUCACCGGUGUUAAAAUACUGGCCAAAAGAUGACUUCGAACUUGGCAUACCAUAUGUAACAAUUAGGAGUUAUGUUAAGCUAGAUACAAACACAAAUAUAUAAAUAUUAAUAUUAAAAUUAAGAAGGCUGCUUUGCAUUUAUCAAUCAAGGAUCUUAAUUUUGAAGACAGUUAGAAAAAGAAUAUAGUAGACAUUUGGAAAUAUGUUUACUUUGCUUAUUCGAAUGACUUAACUUUGUAUCAGUGAUUUUACAAAGAGACAUUUAUAUAUAUUUUACAUAGCAUAUCUGUUUAAAUUUGUGAUACUACCCUAGAUAUUACUUUUUGUACAAAUAUUAAGAAAUUAGUAAUCUAUCUUUAGAAGUGCAAUAUUAAGAUAAAUCAUGCAAAACAUUUAUUCUCUUAAUGAACAUAAUUCGAUAUUGUUCUAAUAUAUUUGUGUAUGCACAGAGAGGAUGCAGUAUUGAACUGAAAUGAAGGCAAUGUUAACCAUUA